AUGAAUUCUUCAGAUAUGAAAUAUAUUUCAGUUUCUUCUCCACCCACUUGCAACGUGAAUAAAACCCAUGUUCCUCAAAAUGUACUCAUGCAACCAGAUUUCCACCCCGCAAAUUGGAAAAGGCCAUCUGUAAGCGAAGGGGACUUUGCCUCAAGUCUGCACAACUCCCAAGAGUCAGACUCUGAAAGCCUUGUUCAGGAGAGACAGUAUCAGUUAGAACUCCAGCAGCGGAUUCAUGAAAAUGAAGAGCUGGUAGGACUGUGUUCUGAUGAGUUGGAGAAUGACAGCUUAGAAGAUAGCUUGGAGGAGAUGAGUUUAAAAGAACAAGAAGGAGUUGAGUAUGAUACAAAUCGAUAUACAAAUGGAAUACAAAGGAAUGAUGGUAAUGGAAGGAAACAACAGUCUGUGGACAAAUAUUUCAGCCUAAGAUACAAUCCUAAUUGGAAGAACACAAAAGAGGUAGCAGAAUUUUGUGAGGCAGAAAAAGCAUGCCAAGUUGCUGGAGGAAGCAGCGUGGACUUUUCACAAGAUUCAUUUUAUCUCCAUUCCAAUGGCUCCCCAGAAGAAAAGAAUCAACAGGAGGCAAAGUCACAAGAUUCAUUCUCAGAGUUUGGUACAGAAUUAUUACGAUGUCAUGAACCAAAUGCGAUGGUCAGCAAUGAACCUUUCAGGCUGCAUACCAAAAGGAAGGAAUCUGCAGACAGCUAUAAUUUCAAAGCUAGUCCCAGUACAUAUGGCAGUGCUUUUUCUCUUCAGAUUCAAGAACAUCGACCACAAAGAGCAAAAAAAGACUUUGUAAAAAAAAAUAAACGGACUUUAGGAUUACGUUCAGAGAAGAUAAAUUCCUAUCUUCAAUUACACAGUAAAAAGCAGGAAGUACUUCAUCAAGAGCCGGUUACAGAUCCUAAAAUUGUUGAUGAAGAACCGGUUCAGAGUGUGCUACCAUUCCAGAUUGUGAAAAUGGAGCCUGAAGACAAAUGGUACCUGAAAGCGCAGCAGCUCAAGGAUCACCAAAAUAAGUCCUCCCAGAGAAACAAAAUAAAAUCCAACCAGAGUCUGAAAGGGAGAGCUUUCCCAAGGAAUGAUAGCCAACAACCACCAGGAAGACCAGCAGAACCAAAGUCUUGGCACCACAGGCACCACCAAAUAUCAGAAUUUCAGACUGUUUCCAUGCAGGCAGUGGAGCAAGACAGUAGCAGCACACUGCAGAAAUGGCUGUAUCCAAGUCCUUCUGUUGGCCCUGACACUAAUACAGCAGCAAAUUCAGAUACUUGCUUAAUUGUAUCUCCAGCAUAUACCAACAAAGAGAACAAGAAAUACCAGUAUGAUUCUCCAAAUGGACUUCCACAUGACCAGCAACAUUUAUACAACCAUGUCACUGUGCAGCUUUUUGGAGGAGAUAACAGUACCAAUGGUCAAGUACCUCCACAUCAGAGGAAUAUUUCAUCUACUUUUAAUGUGAAUUUUCAAGAAUUGGUGAAGGAUCAAGGAUCACUUCAGGAUUCCAAAAGACACAUUUAUGCAGAUAAAAGGCCUUCUCAAUCUUCUGUUCACAGUUCACCGACAGCUCCUUGUACAACCUCCCAAUUUACACAAACGACGGAGCGACAUCACCAAGAAAUCACUCGUUUGGCAGAAGCUCACUUAGCUGACAAGCACUUGUUCAGCCUACUUCCACCUAUAAUCCCACAGGUAGAAGGUGGUUCAGAGGUAGAUCCAGAGAGCAGUGAAGGAAAUCAAGUGAAAAUAAGCCGAAGCAACUCAGAAGGAUAUCUCAUGCAAAUGGAAAAGCAAAACCAGCCUAAAGUCAGCAAGAAGCCAUGUAGCUCAAAAGCCUACAUAAAUCUGAAUGUGAAGCUUGGAGGCCUCGGACCUGACUAUGAAGCAAUCAAAGGGAAAAAAGAGAAGUUAAAGCAACAAAAGGAAUAUGCAAAGCAAAUUAAGGAACACAAUAUGAAAAGCAUUGCUUCUGUUCAGAGGUUACCUACAAAACCCCAGGUCAUAUCUUCAGUGUCAAGACAGAAGGCUCUGGAAUAUGCUAAGACGAUUCCUAGACCAAAGACUUUCACGGCAAGACAAUCGGAUGAAGAGGUGAAAGAGGAGCGAGUUCUGCCACAGACUUUAAAUGGCGACAGUUUACCUCAAAUCGCAUCCUUGGAAACUUUGCAAAAUAGACACGAGAAGGAGAAGCAAGUUGUAGCUGCUUUCAGAACCCUUCAUAUCUUAUAA